CGGUUCUAUUGGCCCGACCUUCUCAAGGACGCCACCCGCUAUUGUGAGUCGUGCGAAGUCUGUCGGCGUUGCAAGUCACGCAACCAUCGUCUGUUCGGCGAGCUACACCCAUUACCAGUGCCCCUUGGGCGACGGGGAGCAAUUGCUAUGGAUAUCACUGGCCCCUUCCUGAAGCACAAGACCGACGUUGAUGGGAUCCUCACGGUCGUCGACCGCCUCACCAACUACGCCAUGUUUUUGCCUUGCCGCUAUCACGCAAAGGCACCGGAGUUAGCCGAGGUCUUAUACACCGGUUGGAUUCGCUCCAAGGGCUACCCCAAGGAGAUCGUUUGCGACCGGGACACUCGCUUUCUCUCCGACUUUUGGGUCGCCCUCGUCAAGCGAUGGGGCUCAUCUUUGAAGCCGAGUUCGGCUCGCCACCCGCAAACCGAUGGUCAAACGGAAAGGGCGCAUCAGACCGCUCAAGUCCUUUUACGGACUCUUAUCCGUCCCGACCAGGUUGAUUGGGUUGAGCGCUUGCCAGACGUUGAGUUGGCUUACAACUCAUCGAUCCAUCCGGCUAUCGAGAUGUCGCCAUUCGAGUUUGAGCAUGGUUCACCCAUCUCAUCGCCGCUGGACGCCACUUUGUCGCGCACAGCCGAGAGCGACGACCAUCUUGCGUUCCUUCGUCGCAUGCAAGAGCUUCUUGUUAAGGCACGGGAUCAGAUGUCGAAGACGCAAAUACGGAUGAGCCGUCAAGCCAACCGCAAUCGCCUUCCUUGCCCAUUCCGCGCCGGCGAUCUGGUUUGGGUCUCCGCCGCGGAGUUCAGCCUUGAGCAAGACAUCUCUCGCAAGCUCCUUCCCAAGUGGAUGGGGCCUUGGCGCAUUCUCUCUGCAGUUGGUGAUGAUCCCGAAGGGCCUUCAUUCCGCAUCGCGGUGCCACCUCACUUGCCCGUCCACACGGUGUUCCACUGUUCCAAACUCGCUCCGUUUGUUUCAGCGGAGUCCGACGAGUUUCCCGGUCGACGUACGCAARACCCUCCUUCCAUGGACGGAUUUCAGGAGGCCGGCUACAUCAUCACCGACCGRCGCCAUGGCAACAAAGAAACAGAGUUUCUACUUCACUUUUCCUACUGCAGCCACAAGGCUGACCGUUGGCUGACGCGUUCGGAACUGCAGGCCACAGCCCCCGCCGUUCUCUCACGCUAUCUUAGCAAAGGGAAGACUACGCCAAGCUCUUCAGCUCCGCGCCAUCCUCGCUACAUUCCGCCAUCGGAUCGACAGCUUUGCCCGCGCCCCGGCUCGUCUUCAUAAGUAGGGGGGCGUGUUGCAUGCUGAGAGCCUACACACGGGCCCCUCACGGGACCCGAGGUUGGAAUAGGGCCCCCAGGUC